AUGGGCUCCCGCGUCCGAGUUCUCAGUGUCACCCAUGUCCGACCCUCUGAAACCUCCAACCCUUUGACAGACAACGACGACCACGCCAUCAAGGUUUCGCUCUUGGACACCAUGUUCCUCCCCUACCAGCCGAUGCAGCGCCUCUUCUUCUACGAGGGCGACGACCUGCCGCCCGUCCCUGCCCUGCUCGGCACGCUGCAGUCCUCCCUGGCCGCCACGCUCGCCAUCUUCACCCCGCUCGCCGGCAACCUCGCGGUCUCCAAGUCGGGGGACGUCGUCAUCGACUGCUCCCCGGGCGCCGUCUCCCAGGGCGUCAGGUUCGUCGAGGCCGAGUACGCCGGCAGCACCGACGACAUGCGCCGCCUUGCCAGCGACGCCGAGCACGACGCUGAGGCGUACGCGCAGCUCGUGCCCACUGUCGUGGUCAGCGCGCUGCCGGUCCCCGCGCUGGUCGUGCAAGUGACGAGGCCCGCGGACACGGACGACGGAGGCGGGAUCGGAGCCGUGGUGGUCGGCGUGUCCAUGUGCCAUGGAGUGGGUGACGGGCAGGCGCUGUGGGAGUUCAUCCGAGCGUGGGCUGCCGCGGCGCGGGGCGGUUCGCCGGCCUUGCCGGCGUUCCUGCCGCCGGUGUUCGACCGCGCGGUGAUCAACCGCCAUCCCAAGGCAGAGGCCGUGUCGCGCAUGUUGCUGCGAAUCUUCGCGCCGGCAUUGCCGAUGGAGUGGGCGAAUGGAAAAAGGGUUGUCGAUGAUCAAGAUGGCGACGAUGAGGGAAAUGAAGAAAGGGUAGAUGAUAAUGUCCAUGAGUUUAAGUGGCAUGGGGGUGAUGCGGUGGCAGAGGCUAGUCAAAGGCAUGAACAAGUGAUUGGGGAAACACAAGCAUUGCCCAUCAUGAUGAAGUCAUUACAUGGUCGUACCCAUCAGCCAUUGACUAUGUCGGGCAUAAUGAUUCCACCAUUGGCAUCGAAGGAGAGGAGCUUAGGUAAAUGGUUUGUUGCCAACAAGGCUGUGGAUGGUGAUGAGGUUCAGAAGUGGAGGGCCACUAGAGUGAAUCAACCACACACCUGUGGUAUCUUAAGGCCGUCCCAAGAACACUCUCACGACAAGGCACAUUGGUUGCUAGAUAAAUGGUUCGUCGAGGCCGAGUACGCCGGCAGCAUCGACGACAUGCGCCGUCUCGCCGUCGGCGACGAGCACCACACGGAGGCGCUGGUGCUGCUCGGGCCGGAGCUGAACGCGGGGUGCCUGCCGGCCCAGGUGCUCGCCGUGCAGGUCACGAGGCCCGCCAUCGGAGCUGGGCGCGCCGGCGUGGUGAUCGGGGUGUCCAUCCACCACGCCGUCGCCGACGGCCACUCCGUGUGGCAGUUUAUGAGGGCGUGGUCCGCUGCGUCUCGUGAGCCCGCGUUGGACUCAGACCUGGUGCCGCCACCGCCGCCGACAUGGGAUCGGACGGCGAUCCCGUACCCCAAACCCGGGGAAGUGGCUCGCAAGUUCUUGCGCACCGUUGCGCCGGCGCUGCCUGUGGCAAGAUCGCCGUCCUUGUACACGCCACUGGACCAGCGGAGGAGAAGCUUCCUGCUCCGCGCCGACGACAUCAGGUCGCUGAAGCAGAGCAUACUGACACAAAGCCAGGCCAUCGGCGGACACCUGGGCACAUUCCCAAGCACCUACGUCGCGGUGUCGUCGCUGGUGUGGACGUCCAUCGUCCGCGCAAAGUCCCUAGACGACCCCGCCGGCGGCGACGCCUACUUCCUGGUGGCAGUGGACCUCCGGCGCCGCCUCGGCCCGGCGCCGGCGGUCGACGAGCGCUACUUCGGGAACUGCGUGGCGCCGUGCUACGCGAGGGCCGCCGUGCGCCACCUGCGCGAUGGCGGCGCCGGGCUGGGACACGCCGCGGCGGCUAUCAGCGACGCGGUCCGCGCGCAGCUCAAGGACCCGCUGGGCGGCGCGGAGCUCUGGCUCGAGGACUUCCUCGCGUUGCCCAAGGAGAGGCUCACGUUCACGGGGUCGUCGAACAGGUUCAUGGCGUACGAGACGGACUUCGGGUGGGGCGCGCCGAGCCGGGUGGAGCUCGUGUCGCUCUUCACCAGGGAGCUGGUGCUGCUGCUGGGGGCGGAGGACGGCGGUGUGCAGGUCACCGUGUCGCUGGACCAUGCACACAUGGAGGGCUUCGCAGCCAACUUCAUGCAGGUGUCACGACGAGGGGACGCAGCCAAAAAUUUGGAGUAA